GCACCAGUUCGAGCGACCAAUGAGAGCGCGUUUGAGCUUUGCGGACCUCAGUGAGACCAGUCGCACAAUCCCAUAGGCAUUGUAUGAUCGGGGUCGGUCGGAAUUUCUGAAGGAACUCUUAUAUCGGCGUGGAAUAACGGGAACGUAAAUUUGCAAAGGAAAAAUGUGUAGUUUAAUUCACGAAACAAUUGUAUCUGGCGACCUUCCUUUUGACGGUGUGAUAGGCCUAUUGUGCUGCACUUGCUCGCUAUAGUGAGUUUUGUAGGAUAGCUAGAGUUGCGUUUUCUUCUAGGGAUUUUUUUUUUUACCAGACAAUUAUAUGUGCAACACAUGGAAUUUAUGCACAUCGUUUAGUUACGAACAUUUAUUUUACCAGGAAAAGUUGGACAAUAUUUCCAUAAACUCGCCAUUGCACAGCUUGUAGGCUAUUCUAAUAAUAGUUUAUUCCAUCGAUAGAGUAAACAAAAAUAAUUGUAACCUAGGCUAGUAAAAAUAAAUAGUGCAGAUAUGUCAUAUUGUCGACGGAUAUGCUGGAACACAACACUGGGCAGCAGUCUUCCUUCAACAGCCUAACCACAGUGUAUUUAUCACAGCAAUCCAGUGCGCACGGUCUCCCCAGCUGUUAUCCGGCAGAACGCCCAGGAUCCACAAAUCUGUGAAGACAUUCCAGGCCUGACCCCCUUCAUCCAAAUGUGAAGACAAUCCAUGAAAUCAAGCAGAACUUUCAGGGAACAGAAGAGUUCUUUAUAAAAAAGUGAUUUGGAACAACAGUGAGAACUGCUGGUUGUAUUCUCCAACAGUGAGACCUGCUGGUUGUAUUCUCCAACAGUGAGACCUGCUGGUUGUAUUCUCCAACAGUAGGACCUGCUGGUUGUAUUCUCCAACAGUGAGACCUGCUGGUUGUAUUCUCCAACAGUGAGACCUGCUGGUUGUAUUCUCCAACAGUAGGACCUGCUGGUUGUAUUCUCCAACAGUGAGACCUGCUGGUUGUAUUCUCCAACAGUGAGACCUGCUGGUUGUAUUCUCCAUUGUUUUUAUUCACAUGUAUUGAAACAAGUAGAGCCAUCAGUGAUUUCAGCAGCCCCCCCCCGCCUCCCUUAUCCAUGCCUACAUGCUCAGCGACAGAUAGGGACUGUUUUGAUAAUUGUAUGUAAUUAUAAUUUGUGUGGGAGACGGAGCUGUCUCUGUCUAUUAUCACCUGUAACCUCAGACACAAUAACUUCCCACAUUUACAUAUUUAUCUCAAACAAAAUGUUUUUCUUUCAGUUUUAGGACCAAAUCAGGAAUAAUCAGAGUUAUUGAAGGAAUGGCUCAUGUGAACAAUGUGCUAUUCAGUCCUCAACCAUCAUAAUGAGACAAAACUGAAUUCAAUCUGUAGAUUUACAUCUACAUCUCAAGCUCUUUUCGUUGUAUAUUCUAUACUAGACCAUACAUACUAAGUUUGUACAUCUAAAAACAGAGGUACCCACCAAGCCACUAGCUAAAAUGAAAACGGCUUUUUCAGCUGUCUAUUUGAUAUAAUACGAUUUGUCGUACCGUUGUAUAUUUUCUCCUCAUUUGCGGUAUUCACUGUCCUCUGUCCUUAAUGUCGGGCGCUGGCUCUGUAGCCUUCAGCCCAAUCAGAGGAACAGUAAGUGCCUAUGCAUUUUAGAUAAGACCAUAAAACAUUUAAGUAAAUAAGUGGCCAAUGCAUAUCUGUAGUUAGUGACCUGUGAUGUUUAAAAGCCUGGAAGGGCAAUGUCCUGCUUUACAGUCACACAGUAAUGUUUACACUACGCCACAGCCAUUCAGUGCCCUGACCCGUUAAGAACCACAACCUCUCCAACUGCCAUUCAAAGGGUCUGCAACAUCUAAAAGCACAGGAACACUAAUUAUUUAGAAUUAUUUAGCACAAGAUUUAUUUGGUACAAAUCAUUUAUUUAGCACAAGAUUGAAACAUUUAUAUGUAGAGAUUUUGCUACUAUUUCAGAGAAUAUUAGUUUACAGGUUGAUUCUAAGUACAGACUUGGAAUGUAUCCAGUGCCAAAAGGACAUAAUUGAAUCAUUAACAGAAAAUUAACUGUUUACAUUUUAGGAACAAUGUUUACAGAGGACUGUUGCCCUUAAAAACAUAGGUUAUGUGUCAUUUUGUGACAUAUUAUUUUAUAAGUGCCAUAACCGAAAGGAAAUGUAUAAAAUUGCCAUAACUAAUUGAGGAAGCUUACUUCUUGUCUUCAGCAAAACAAAGCACAACGUAUUCAGGAAAACGUGAUGGUGAAGGUCAAAACCUUCUGUUUGAUCUUUCAUCCAAGGAGAUUCCAUCUAUCUUUGUAUUUUUGCUUCAAAGCUAUGUUUUGUAUGGUAGAUAGAUUCUAGAUCUAGGAGAAGAAAUAGACGAUCCAGGUUUGAUCAAGAUCAUCAUGUUCAAUUUACCCUUGUUUACUCUGUGAGGCUUAUACAGAUCUGAUUUUAUUGUAAUGGACUGCAAAAUAUUAUCACAGGAAAUGUUCAAGAUAAUAGUAACAGAAUGAAAGCCAUGUAAAUACCUCUGUCACCAAUGGUUGACACUUACAACUUUAUAUUAGUGGAGUUCUUUUCUCUUUUAUCAUGACUUCCAUCUCUUAAAGCGUAUCUAUAAUUAAUUCACAAAGUUCAUCAGACAUAUUUAUUAUUAAAUUAAGAUAUUUUGAAACUAUGAGCACCAAACAACUCAUACCUGCUACCUAAAUGUUUCAAAUAGUGUUUUAGUGGGUUAAUUCUGAAAAAAGGAUACAGCAUUGUAACAGCGUUGAGUCGACAACAGAAAAUAGAGCUCUUAGUCAUGUAAAGAUGACGCCCACCACCAAUCUCCAAGUCUUCGCCGUCUCCCUCCUCUCUCUCCUUGCUGCCCCACUUACCACAGCUGAGGACAGCUCCCCCUCUCCCCCUCCCUCUCCCCUACGUACCGACCCCCGGCCUCGCCAGGGGGGCUCCACCGACCCCCCUCAGUCCACCCCCAGCCCCCCUCUCCUCCUCCUGGCCAUCCAUGCCAACCUCCGCCCCGCUGCCCUCCAGGGCAGGCCCAAAGCUCCAGAGAAACUUCCAGAAUCCCCUGGGGUUCUGGAGACCCCUCCCCGACCCCUGGCCCAGAUCAUGUUCCCCAAGAACGUGACGUCUGCGGCGGCGGGAGCCCUGGCUCCUCCGUUGGGCGCGGCCCAGGUGGCUCCUCCUCCCCGCAGACUGGUGGAUGUGGACGUGUGCCAUGGUUACUAUGACGUCAUGGGCCAGUUGGACAACACCUUCAACUGCUCCAAGGACAGCUUCAUCUACUGCUGUGGCAGCUGCCACUACCGCUUCUGCUGCCCCGACCCCACCCGCCGUCUGGAGCAGAGCAGCUGUACCAACUACGACUCCCCGGAUUGGGCCAAGACCCAGCCGCCAAACGCCAUACCCCUGGACGAUGAUGUGCCGGAACUGGACCCUCUGCAGCCACUGAGCCACAACACAGGCUUUGUGAUUGGAGGCGUUAUUGUGUUUAUGGUAGCGGUUGCCGUGGGGAUUAAGAUAAUGUUCAACAAGGUGUCGCAGCAGGCCAACAACGGAGAGAUCAACAUGCCCAGAGCGCUGGUGGACAUGUUGCGUCACCAGUCCAGUCCAGUGCAGCAGGAUGAGAGGAACAACAGCGUGGCUCUGUGUGGUUCAGGGGAGGGACAGGGUACGCUGGGCAGACCUCCCAAAAACCUCUACGCCCCUGGCCUGCCCAGCAAGGACAACAGACUGGGGAAUAUUCAACACAAUUUUAUCCACUCAGGAACCAGUCCCAAUCACACUGCUACCAUCGAACGCGCCCCCCGUAUGAACAACGCCCAGCUGGCGGCUGGAGGCACUCUUCUGUCCAGCAAACACAACAACACUAAAGGGCAGCCCUCCUUCCACCACUCCCUCCAUAACCUGGCACAGCUCCCCCCAUCCUACGAGAAUGCCACCAAGCCAGAGCUCAACAGAUACUCCUCGCUCAAACGCCUGGAAAAGAGUGGUCUUGAUGAAUAUUCAUCGGGAUACUGCACCACCAAGAGGCGUCCCCACACGGCCCAGCCCGCUCUCCAGUCCUCCAGUCACCACAUCCCCUGUGGCGGAGACUACAACACCAUGGGUGGGAGGGGCACCCUCCCCCGCCACGCCCCCCGACCCUGGAUCCAACCCACCGGCCUACCCCCCGUCUCCCCCACGGUCAACCCCUACCCCCUGGACCCAACCGAGCAGCACUACAACCCCAACUACGACACCCUGUCCAAGCCUGCCAGGAAGGUCAUGUCGCAGGACCAGCUGCUCAACAUGGGGGACGUCCCUGGGAACACUGGGACCCUCUCCAGGAUGUCCAAGAACCAGCAGCACCAGUACUACAAAGCCAUGGCUGCUGCUACUAAGAACUCCAACACCCAGACCCUGACACGGAAGCCCAAGGAUCGACCCCAGGAGCGGCCUCAGUCCAACAACCAGACCCUGACGAGGAAGCCCAAGGAUUGGCCCCAGGAGCGGCCUCAGGAGCGUCCUCAGGAUCGUCUACUCAUGUCCCCAGAUCACCUGGAGGAGAGCAUGGGUAGAGGGGUCGGUGGGAUGGGGGUCGGAGGGAUGGGAGUGGGUGUGCCGGAUCCAUAUGCCCAUGGAGGCGGGGGAGGCAUGGUCCCCACUCUCCCCCGGGGUGGUCUCACUCCUCAGCAGAAAGCCCAGUCCCAGCAGAAUGUAUGUGCCACACCCUCCCUGGACCGCCACCACAUGAUCAAGAUGAACUCUCACCCCACCUCCGGGAGGGAGCAGGAGAGAAGCCAGGGCAUGACGGGGCAUAUGAGCGGAGGCAUGGGGGGAGGCAUGGGGGGCUGGGGUGGUAGCGAAAUGCCUGGGGCGGGGGUUGUCAUGGGAACAGGGACGCUAGGGGGCCACAGCGCCAAGAGGAUGGCUUUCGCUGCCAAGAGGCAGAACACUAUCGAGCAGACAACCAAAUCUGAUUGA